GUAAUGCACUGGAAGGAGUUAGUACAAGGCGACAACUGACUUGUUCCUACAUUUACAAUACACGUAGAUGGUCCGAUGCUGAAUUAAAAUCAAAGUUCAUAUAAAUUUUAUUCAGUUAUAUACUACAACAUCCAGUGAUUGCAGUUUAAUUAAAAUUGUUCGUCUUCGAGUAAAGAACACAUCUCAGAAUACCAAAGCGAUAAGACAUUUUAACUUUAUCAAUAUAUUAAAUAAACAACAAAAUGGCUGCAACAACUCCAGAAACAAAAUUACCUCACAUGGAAUUCACUGAUCGUAUGUGGAAAUUACCAGCGAUACAGUCAGCAUGGUAUUAUUCAACAUCAACAUACAACAAAAUUAAGGAUUCAAACACCAAUAUUAAUUGGGCAUUGAAUUCUGUUGAACAAACCGUACAAAAAGCUUUGGAACAAGUAACACCAAUCGCUGCUCCAGUACUGAAUUCAUUGGAAAAACCAAUUGGUAUGGCUGAUCGUACUUUGUGCAGUGGAUUAACAACAAUUGAAAAUCAUUUACCAUUAGUAACUGAAGCACCAUGCAAAGUACUUGAAGAUACAAAGUGUAAAGUACAUCAAGCAAUUGAACCCACUUUACAAAAAUUGUUACAGAUAAAUGCUGCCAAAGAUUUGAGCACACAAAAAGCCAAAGAUUUACGUGAUUUUAGUUGGGAUAAAGCCAAUGAAGUUUUAGCUACACAAUAUGGAACAUUAGCUGUUAAUGGUAUUGAUAAUUCCGCAGUUUUAGCUGAACGUUUACUUGAUUAUUAUUUCCCUGCACCAGAAGGAACUCAAGAAGAAGAUGACAGUCCAAUUUCACCAGAUGAAGAUAAAUUACUUCAUACCGUCCAAAAAGUAGGCCGUCUUUCAAAUAAAAUAGCAAGACGUGUGUAUAAUGCUGUAUCAACGCAUAUUAAAAAUUUAAAGAAAGAAGAUGUUAAAGAAUACGUUGCUUCUUUAAUGGCUAUUUUGCAGUUGACUACAACAUUAAAGGCAAUCAAUGAUAAAAUUAAUGCGCCAUCAACAACAGAGGCACCUAAAGAAGAAACUCCAAAAACUAAAUAAAUUUCAUAAUUCUCAAU